AUUGAGGAUGAAUAUUACAUGAAAUAGUUUCGUUGCAGCGGCUUCCGAUAUUAAACUCACUGCUGCAAUUCCAUUAUUCUUCUUCAACAAGUCGGCUUCUCAAACCCCCAAACAACCAACAGACCGUGAAAUCAAAUGAUGGCAAUGCGAUUCGCAGUGCCUUCCCUCAUGAUAAUUUGAUAACAAUACCGCAGCACAAACAAGGAAUAGAGCAUAAACAGAGCACAGAUAGAGAACCAAGCAUAGACGGAGAAGUGUCUCGGAGGUUUGAAUAGGAGACAUCAUUAAGGUAUGCAUGCAUGCAGGGAUUUGAAACUUGAACGCGAACGCCAUGAGGAAGCUUAAAUUUCAUGAGAAGAAGCUUCUGAAGAAGGUGAAUUUUCUGGAAUGGAAGAAAGAAGGAGGACAGAGAGAGGCUCUUAUUAUGCGCCGAUACCAUAUCACAGGCCGAGAUGACUACAAGAAAUACUCAGUAUUGUGCGGAGUGGUCACCAAGCUUGUAAACAUAUUGAAGCAAGUUGAUCCCAAAGACCAUUUUCGAGUUGAGAUGACUGAUCGUCUUCUAGAAAAACUAUAUAAUAUUGGAGUGAUUCCAACAAAGAAGAGCUUGGCUCUGUGUGACAAGUUGUCAGUUUCUUCCUUCUGCAGGCGUCGACUGGCUACUGUACUUGUAAGGUUACAUUUUUGCGAAAGCCUCAAGGAAGCUGUGACAUACAUUGAACAAGGCCAUAUCCGCGUUGGUCCAGAUACUGUUACAGAUCCAGCAUUUUUGGUGACAAGGCCACUAGAAGACUUUGUUACAUGGGUUGACACAUCAAACAUCAGGAAGAAAAUGUUGCAAUACAAUGAGCGUUUGGAUGACUACGAUCUUUUGAAUUGAUGCUCAAUGGUACUAAUUUUCAGCUAUUAUUUCAACUGAAUUAUUUGAUCUUUGAUAGUAUGAUAAAAUCAUGUAUACAGGGUCAUUAUAUGAUUUGUAAUAUCGAUAAGUAUCAUUUAUUCUUUUCAUUUUAAAAGCCUUGAGAUUAUACAUCCAAUGGCUAAUUGAGAUAGGGUUCUCCUUUCAAAGUCAUAUCAUUUUCCAUGACGUUAUAUUGGAUCAUAAUUUGGAUCAGCAAGCUCCUUUUAUCUCUCAAAUUUAUGGAUAUGUUUUUUCCUCU